AUGAUUUCUACGAUUAUCAAAAAGACGAUGAUGAUUCGUCCUUUCGUGGCUGUCAUGGUCGCCCUUAUGGCAACCAUGACCGUCGCCGACGAAGCCAUACGCAACAGGGGUAUCUUCAGCGCGCCUACUACGGCUGAACCCACGGAUUCUCCCAGUGGCGGACCGAGUGAAGUGCCCAGCCCCACUCCUACCACCGACGUGAGUGCGGCUCCCACGGGAACCGACAAUCCUCCUUCCAUCUGUGUGGCGACUAUGGAUCAUUCCGGCAAGUUGUGUCAUGCCAUGAUGAGUGAAGGAGACGAGGCCGUCGAGGUCGCUACUGUCUGUGUCGAAGUCGUCAAUGGACCCGAGGAUGUUCCUCAGUUGUCCGUGGCCUUUACCGCUGCCGAAAACUACUUGUUGCUCACCAACAAGUUCUGGUUUGGGGAGGACGUGACCCAUGUCCCUCGUCUUAGCGAUGGAUCUGCUGAUCUUGAUUCCUUUGAUUAUUUCUUUUGCAACUCUACGGGUCUUCCCAUAUUUGGAUUUGAGGCCGACUUUGACGAUGAGGAACCAUUGUGUCCCAAGGGGAAAACGGGGAUGGAAGAGUUUUCCAUGAUUGCCUAUGUCGAAGUAGCCAAGAUCAUUCCGGCAACUGGAAAGCCCGAUUUGCAUCACAAGAUUCAUGCCUUUGCUUACGAACACAGCGUGGGAUACGCUAGUACGUGGGUGGGAUGGUUCGACUUUGAAAUUGAUUGUGACUGCGGCAAACCAACCGACAGGACUGUGCAACCCGAAACUUGUGCGGGGUACCCAGAAGUCUAUUUGGAGUCGCCGGUGUCUCCUGCAUGCCAUGCUAUUGUGGCAGGAGGAGACAUGCAGUCCAUGGAGGCUGGUAAAGUCUGUGUCGAGGUCAUCGAUGAGAAAUUGGAAGUCACAUUUGUGUCCAGCGAUAAGUGGGCCUUGAUUCGUUCACAGCUUUGGGUGGGAAGGGAUACUGGCGAGGAAGAUGCCUUGACCCAAAUGCCAAAAAAGAAAUCAGGUGCUCCAGAUACUAGAAAGUUCAAGAAUUAUGCCUGUGAUUGGGAAGGAGAAGAAAAAGUGUCAUUCACCAUCGACCUCAAGUACGAGUGUGACCUCGACAAGGAACUUGUCACGUUCCAUGUGGUCGCUCACUCCACUGUGGGACAGGUGCAAGAUGGAGCACUCAUCCCGGGAACAGAACUUGAUGUCUUUGCAUUCGAACAUUCUGGGGAUUCAGAGAAGUGGUUCGUUUGA